AUGUCAUCUACCUCACAAAAUGCAACUGUGUUAUUGACUCGAUUAUUAUCACUCAAAGAAAACUCCUCUUUCCAUUUGAUUUUGGAUUCAUUAACUCAGUCAUCAUAUUAUUUAAUUCAAGAGUACAUCCACAGGUGUUCUAAAACUACUAGCAAGAUUAUUUAUUUGUCAUUUGAAACAAUAAAUAAACCGCAUUACUGCAGUGAAUUCAUAGAUUGUUCUGAUAUCACAUUACAUCAAAUUGUUGAAAAAGUUAACCCUUUGCGAGAAUCCAAUGAAAGACUGUUGAUACUUAUUGAUUCCUUGAAUUAUAUCAAUAACGACGAGUUGGCCCAUUUUGUGGCGCAAUUGGUUGGUCCAGAAAUAACCCUAGUUGGUGUUUAUCAUACUCAAUGUCCUGUUGCUGCAUCAAAAUAUCCAAAUUAUCCAUCAUCUGAAACCCUAUUAAGUUAUAUUGCAAGCACAAUCUUUGAGUUGUAUCCUUUAAUACCUGACUCUUUAGAUGAAGAAGAACUAGAUGCUAAAGUUAAAAAAUUGACAUUUCCAAUCAACUCUAAUUUGAAUAGUGCCAUUUUCAAAGUUAUACUUACAAAUCGAAGGAAAUCUGGUCGUUCAUUAACAUAUACACUUAUCAUCAAUAGUCUAAAUCAUGAAUAUGAAAUUUGGAAAGACAAACAGGAAUCAGAUGAAAUUUUGCAAGAAGAUGAAAGCUUAUUGAAAGACUUGACAACGUUCAAUUUAACUACUAGUUCGAAGCAAAAGCUUGCUCGUGAACAAGUUGAGUUGCCAUUCAUGCAAGCACAAGAGUCUUUGGGAGCUGCUGGUGGUGCAAUUGUGUACGAGUUUGAAAAAGAUGAUGACUACGAUGAAGAAGAUCCUUACGAAGAUCCGUUUUAG